AUGCCCCUUUUCGACCAUCGCUCUGGGCCGUCAUACGGUGCUAUUGAGAACAACGACAAGUAUUGCAAAAUGGACGAGGAACGAGAUCAGCUACUUGGAGACGGUCGUGAAUUUGAGGAUGGAUCUGCCAGUCUCGACGCCACUGAGGAAGCGCAAGAAGGCGUCUUAAAGAUUGAGGCGAUCAACAUGACUUGGACCACGCGCUCAUUGAUUAUCGCAUACGUCAGCAUUUUUCUCAUGGCGUUCUGCACUUCUUUAGAAGGCCAGACGGUCAUGUCCUUGUCAGCAUACGCAACGAGUGCUUUCAGCAAGCAUGCGUUGAUAUCGACAGUCCUGGUCAUACAGAACGUGGUGAACGCGGUGAUCAAGCCACCCAUGGCUAAAGUUGCUGAUGUUUUUGGUCGCUUCGAGGCCUUUUGCGUCAGCAUUCUCAUCUACAUAUUGGGCUACGUGCAGAUGGCCGCCUCGACAAACGUUCAGACCUAUGCCUCGGCCCAGAUCUUCUACUCAGCCGGAUCGACCGGCUUACAGAUCCUUCAACAGGUCUUCAUUGCUGAUAGCAGCGAUUUGCUCAACCGGGCCUUCUUGGCUCUUCUGCCAGAGUUCCCCUUCUUGGUGACUGUGUGGCUCGGCCCGACCAUUGCCGAUGCGGUUCUACGAUCGUCUUCUUGGCGAUGGGGCUACGGCAUGUGGGCCAUCAUCUUACCCGCUGCUUUCCUGCCGCUUGCCAUGUCCUUGUUGCUGAACCAGCGCAAAGCGCGUCGAUUGAAUUUGAUCAAAACGCCCCGACACAAGCGCAAGCAAAGCGUGCUACAGGUUGUAAAACGAACUUGGUAUGAUUUGGAUGUUGGAGGAUUGGGCCUUCUCUCCGCCGCCGUCACCUUGAUUUUGGUUCCACUCACCUUGGCAUCCAAUUCCAAACACGGAUGGGGAAGCAGCAGUAUCAUAGGCAUGAUCGUCGUCGGUGUAGUCUGUCUUUGCAUUCUCCCGUUCUGGGAGGGUUCGAAGAAACUGGCACCGAAGCCGCUGCUCUCAUUGCACCUUUUGCGCCAACGGACAGCCCUUGCGGGAUGUGCGUUGGCGUUUUGGUAUUUUAUGGCCUUCUAUUUUUCGGUUCAGCCAUAUCUCUACUCCUACCUUCAGGUGGUUCAGGGCUAUGACGUGGCCACUGCCGGCCGUGUGACGCAAACGUUUGCCUUCACUUCCACGAUUGCGGCAUUCUCCGUCUCUCUUCUCAUCAAAUAUACCGGACGAUAUCGAGUUUAUGUGACCAUCGGGAGCGUCAUAUACAUGAUUGGACUCGCUUUCAUGCUGCUGUUCCGCGGCGAGGGUGCCUCCCACGCACAGGUCCUUGGUGCUCAGAUUUUGGUGGGUUGUGGUGGUGGCCUGCUGAAUGUCCCCGUGCAACUAGGUGUUCAAGCCUCUGCGAGCCACCAGGAGGUGGCCGCUGCGACUGCUAUGUUUUUGACAUCUAUGGAGAUGGGCGGCGCGGUCGGAGCGGCCAUCUCAGGUGCCAUUUGGACUUCCCUCAUCCCUAAGAAGCUUAUGCAGUAUCUGCCGGACGAGACCAAGUCCGAGACCGGGGAGAUCUUUGGCAAAUUGACCAAAGCGCUCUCGUACCCACCGGGGUCGCCCACCCGUGAUGCGAUCAAUCUCGCCUAUCAGGAAACCAUGCAUCGACUUCUCAAGUUGGCUCUGCUUGUGACGAUCCCGCUCAUUCCACUCAGCCUGAUUAUGGAGAACUAUGAACUCGAUAAGAUGAACACAAAGACCACCAUCCGCGACGAUUUUGACGACUCGCCUUCUGCUGCUGAGACCGAGCCUGUGAUUGAUGACCCGCAUCACAAGCAGACCUGA